GUUGGAGAUUGCCACAGUUGUUAUGGAGGGUUCGCCGGGUACUUGUUCAGUUUGCCUAGAGCGAAGUAUCAACACAACGUUUCUUCCUUGUCAACACGAGACAGUUUGCAGUUUUUGCACCACACAACUAGACUCUCUAUGUUGUCCUGUUUGUCGAACAGCUGUUUCUUUUGUUCUUUUGAAAGGUCAAGAAAGUGACGUCGGAAAUUUGUUAUCGGAAGUAACUGGGGCAAGUGACGGAGUUAUACAGACGAAGUGGUGCCUUUCUUGUGUGAUUCGUUACAGACAAGAAGUUGAGCUCUACUUAUCGAAAAAUGUUUUUAGCAUUUUAUUUACUGGCUUCACUUCUCGUCUGAAGGAACUAGUGAGCCGACUUUCUGUUUUUACACAAGAGAAAGAGCCACAGUCUAGGUUUUUAGCCGACGAGAAUCUUCAGUGGGUUUUUAAGCCUUCAGAAGUUGUUUCUCGUGCAGGUGAGAGUGAGAAAUUGAAGUCAAGUUGUUGUCCAAACGGUUGCUUAAGAAGAGCAUCUCAUUAUGACCAACAGUGGGGCUUCUCAUUAGCCUGUGAACAAAGGAAAGCAACGAAGGUCAUAAGUGGUUAUCCUUGUAGCUUCAGCCACUGUCAGCUGUGGGAGCUUGUUCGUCGUUUACAGGGUCAGGAAUUGCUUCCUCAGCUUAUUGUCUUAUGUUUUUGUUCGUCCUCAUUUUCUUCGUUUCAGCAAGUAAUUGAUAUGCAUAAUCUUAUUUAUAGAUAUAAAGAGAAUUAUGGUGCAGUGGGUCUUCCUGCAAUUAUAUGGGUAAUGCUAGACUCUAAAACGCAGAAGGAUCAAGGUGCACGUGGUGAUAUGGUUUCGUUUGAUGUUAUUAGAGAAGAGAUGCAAAGAAUAGUGCCCUAUGAUCGCCCCAACGCCGUUGUUAAGAUUUCUUCUGACCCUGUCACGGAAGAAAGAGACUUUGAAACAUUCCAUCGUAUCACAACUCAGCUUAUCGAAGCACACAGACAUAAGACACCGCGUAAAUGGCUUGUUGGGAGUCAAUCUUGUGGUAGAGCAGACGGCUUAAAAUUUUUCAUCUGAUUCUAGUUACAUACGAACUCACGAUCUCUAAAAUUACAACAAAACAGAAGCCGAAAGGAUAUUACUUUUGUUCCCUAUCUUGGUUUCGUGUUUGAACUACCCAUUUGUAUAUUGAGAGUAAGCAAGCAUGAAUAUUACAUUGUGUCAUAGAUUAUUU